UUCCUAGCAACAACAACCUUAACUGCCUUAAAACAUCACUCCAUUUUUUUUUUUCUUUUUUCUGUCCUUCCUAUCAAAUGGAAAUCAAGAGUUUUUCCAUCUUCUCUGUGUUGCUAAUCGUUGUGUCCUGUGCUUCCCAAGUUAUCGGCACUAACCAGUCUCAGUUCUUCAAUCUCAUGAAAUCUUCUUUGUCAGGAGAUGCUCUAUCUGAUUGGGAUGUUACUGGAGGGAAGCCUUACUGCAAUUUCACAGGAAUUAGCUGCAACGAUAAAGGGUAUGUUGAAGGGAUGAACAUGUCUGGGUGGUUAGUAGCUGGCAGUUUUCCAGAUGGUAUAUGCUCAUAUCUGCCAGAAUUGCGUGUUCUUGAUCUGAGCCAUAAUCACCUUCAUGGCAAUUUCAUCAACAGCAUUGCCAACUGCUCUCUCUUGGAAAAACUCAACAUCAGUUUUAUCUACCUAAGGGCAGAACUUCCAGAUUUCACCAACAUCAAAUCUCUGCGUGUGCUUGACAUCUCAUACAAUGAAUUUAGAGGUGACUUCCCCAUGUCGAUAACUAAUCUUACCAAUCUUGAGGUGAUUAACUUCAAUGAGAAUGGUUUUUUGAACCCGUGGCGACUGCCGGAGAACAUUUCCAGGCUGAUAAAGCUCAAAGUCAUAAUCUUCACAACGUGCCAGUUGUAUGGUCAGAUCCCACCAUCAAUUGGAAACAUGACAUCGCUUGUUGAUCUUGAGUUGGAUGGCAAUUUCCUUUCAGGUCAGAUUCCUGCAGAGCUUGGGAAACUGAAGAACUUGCAACAGCUUGAACUAUACUACAAUUACCACUUAUCUGGAAGCAUACCUGACGAACUGGGAAAUCUGACAGAGCUUACAGACUUGGACAUUUCAGUCAAUAGCCUGAGAGGAAGCAUUCCAGAGUCUAUAUGCAGGCUUCCAAAACUUCGAGCCCUGCAACUUUACAACAACAGCCUCAGUGGAGAAAUCCCAAGUGCAAUUGCAGACUCCACAACCCUGAGCCUUCUCUCCCUCUACGACAAUUUCCUUACAGGGCAAGUUCCACGGAAUCUGGGGCGGUCAUCACCAAUGAUUGCUCUAGACUUGUCAGAGAACAAUCUAACAGGCCCAUUGCCAGCGGAGGUCUGUCGAGGAGGUAAAUUGCAGUACUUUCUUGUUCUUGAAAACAUGUUUUUUGGACAGAUACCUGACAACUAUGCAAACUGCAAGACUCUUCUGCGGUUUCGAGUUAGCAAGAACCUUUUAGAGGGGUCAAUACCGGAAGAGCUUCUAGGUCUCCCUCAUGCUUCAAUUAUUGACUUGGGUUACAAUAAUCUGACUGGUCCUUUUCCAAAUUCACUUGGAAAUGCAAGGAACUUGUCAGAAUUGUUCAUACAAAACAAUAAGAUUUCAGGUGUCCUACCACCUGAAAUUUCCCAAGCUGUCAAUCUGGUGAAGAUUGAUCUCAGUAACAACCUCUUGUCCGGUCCAAUACCUUCAGAAAUUGGCAAUCUGAGGAAGCUAAAUUUACUGAUGUUGCAAGGCAACCAGCUCAAUUCUUCCAUUCCCAACUCACUCUCUCAGCUCAAAUCUCUCAACGUUCUUGAUCUCUCCAACAACCUCCUGACAGGGAAUAUCCCAGACAGUCUCUGUGAAUUAUUACCAAACUCCGUCAACUUUUCAAACAAUAAGCUUUCUGGUCCAAUUCCUCUGUCAUUGAUUAAGGGAGGGUUAGUAGAGAGCUUUUCAGGCAACCCAGCUCUCUGUGUUCCAGUCCAUGUUAAAAAGUUUCCCAUAUGUCCACAGACUUACAAGCAGAAAAAGAUAAAGUACGUUUGGGUAGUUGGGCUUACAUCCGGUAUCACUGUUGUUGGAGUGCUCCUGUUUCUAAAACACCGGUGCAACAAAGAAAGAGCUGUUGUAGAGCAUGAUGAGACCCCGUCUUCAUCAUUCUUUUCAUAUGAUAUCAAGAGCUUCCAUCGAAUAACUUUUGAUCAAGGUGAGAUCCUUCAAGCCAUGGUUGAUAAAAACAUUAUUGGCCAAGGGGGGUCUGGCACUGUUUAUAAGAUUGAACUGAAAAGCGGGGAGGUUGUUGCAGUGAAGAAGAUGUGGACUGUAAAAACAAAAGAUUCUGCUCCAGAGGAUCGAUUGGCUUGGAAUAAAGGGUUGAAGAAUGAGGUUGAAACUCUUGGAAGCAUACGUCAUAAAAACAUUGUCAAAUUGUAUAGCUACCUCUCAAGUUUAGACUGCAGCUUCUUGGUUUAUGAGUACAUGCCAAAUGGAAAUCUAUGGGAUGCUCUUCAUGAGGGGUGGAUUCAUUUGGACUGGCCAACUCGACAUCAAAUUGCACUUGGUGUUGCACAGGGCAUCGCAUACCUGCAUCAUGACCUGAUGCUACCCAUCAUCCAUAGAGACAUCAAGUCAACCAAUAUCCUCCUGGAUGUUGAUUACCAGCCCAAGGUUGCAGACUUUGGCAUAGCCAAAGUUUUGCAAGCAAGAGGAAAAGAUUCCACCACUACUGUCAUUGCAGGCACCUAUGGUUAUAUGGCUCCAGAAUAUUCAUUUUCAAAUAAAGCCACAACCAAAUGUGAUGUGUACAGUUUUGGAGUGGUUUUACUAGAACUAAUAACUGGGAAGAAGCCAAUUGAGGCAGAGUUUGGGGAGAACAAGAACAUUGUAUAUUGGGUUUCAACAAAGGUGGAUACUCCGAAGGGAGUUAUGCAAGUGCUAGACAAGCGUCUAUCUGAUUCAUUUAGGGAUGAGAUGAUUGGGGUUCUUCGCAUUGCUAUACACUGUACAUAUGAGAAACCAACCCAACGACCGACCAUGAAUGAGGUCGUUCAGUUGCUGCUUGAAGCAGACCCUUGCAGAUUCAAUUCUAGCAAGUUGUCAAGCAAGACCAAAGAGGCAUCAAAUGUCACCAAGACAAAGAACCCAUCAGACUCAUGAUCACAUCAGUUGCAUGAUGGGGUUGAGGCAAAUGUAACAUAGCAUCUUUAGAAUAGCAGAGUCACUAAAGUAUUCGGAAUAUCUUAUUUGACACAAGUGGCUUGUAGAUUCUCUCUUUUUGUUUUUCUUCCUUUUUAUUUAGUUUUUCAGCUAUUGUAAGGACUUGAUGAGUUUAAUCAGUAUAACUGCUUUAUUAUAACGCAUGGCAUCUUACAU